AUGCUUGGUCGAACCGGUGUUGUUUCCUUGAGCUUGAAAAGGGGUGUUCUGAGCCCCGUGAGACGUUCGCGCGCAGCCGUUGUGUCGCGGAUGGCAAGCACGUCGUCCUCAGGCGGCCAAUUGCGCAGAGCGGGGUUUUUGCCCAAGACAGCAAUCGCACUCCUCGUGGCACUGGGACUGUACUCCUUGGACGCCAGGUCCGCCGCGAACGAGUACAUCUGGUGUCCCCUGAUCCGGCUGACCACCGACGCUGAGACAGGACACAAGCUCGGGAUUGCGCUGCUCAAAUACGGUCUCACUCCCAAACUGUUUGUCGACAUGGACGAUCCGGCACUGCAGGUGAAGGUGUUUGGCAAGACAUUGUCGAAUCCACUCGGAAUGGCGGCCGGGUUCGACAAGGAGGGCCAGGUCAUCGACCCUGUUUACGACCUCGGGUUCGCGUACAUCGAGAUCGGGUCGGUGACCCCGGAACCGCAGCCAGGAAACCCUACUCCUCGGUUCUUCCGUCUUUCGCAGGACGAGGCCGUUAUCAACAGAUACGGGUUCAAUUCUUCGGGCCAUUGGAACGUGCUUGCAACCCUGAGACAGAGAUUCCAAAAACUGAUUGUUAAAAACCCAAGCAGCACAGACAACUCAUUCAGAGACGGCAAGUUGCUGGGAAUCAAUUUGGGCAAGAAUAAGACCGGAGACGAGGUCGAGGACUACCUGUUGGGCGUUCAGCGGUUUGGUGAGUACGCCGACGUGCUGGUGAUCAACGUCUCGUCGCCAAACACGCCGGGACUGCGUGAUUUGCAGAACGAGUCGAAACUGACCAAUCUGCUCACCAAGGUUGUUGCCGAAAGAAACAAGCUGCCGGGCAAGUUGCUCGACCCGCAGUCCAAGCCGCCGGUGCUGGUGAAGGUUGCUCCGGACCUGACGGAGCCGGAGAUCGAGUCGAUUGCCAAGUCGGCCAAAGAGGCCAAGAUCGACGGCAUUGUUCUGUCCAACACCACGAUCCAGAGACCACGUGACCGGCUGAUUACAGCGGACCAGGCGUUGGUCAACCAGACCGGCGGUCUUUCGGGCAAACCGUUGAAGGAGAUUUCGUUGAAGGCGUUCAGACUGCUCAGAAAGCACACCAAGGACUCGAACCUGGUUCUUAUUGGCUGUGGUGGUAUCAGUUCAGGAAAGGACGCUAUAGAGUUUGCCAAAGCCGGAGCCACUUUUGUGGAGCUGUACACGGCGUUCGCAUACAAGGGUCCAGGACUCGCCCGGAGAAUCAAGGACGAGAUUACCUUGGAGCUCAAGAAAGAAAAUAAGACAUGGAUGGAGAUUGUUGGCCAGGAUGAUAAAUAG